AUGGAGUCCAGAACGGCGAUCAUCGUCGCAGUGUGCUACGAGAGUUCGGAUCGCAUCAAGUUCGUCGCCGAAUUCAUCUGCGACGGCUUUGAGCCAGAGAGAUCGGAAAGCUUGCUGACGACGCUCCUUUUCACCCUGCGACUCGCGCGACUUGGACAUGCAUCGGCUGGAAUUUGCGUCGUAUCUGCUUCGCUCGUCACGCGACUUUUAGCUUUACGCCUACGGUUCGAAAAUGGCGGGUUGCUUCCAUCGAGUGCGGAAAAUUCUUCGUCGCUUGUAUCAGACGAGGCUGCCAAGGAGGAGGAGGAGGAGGUAGAAGAAGAAGAAGAGGAGGAGGACGACGAUGACGCUGACGAACCGGAUGACGAAGAGGAGGAUGACGAUGAUGAUGACGAUGAAGAUGAAGAUGCAGAAGAAGAUCUGCGUCUAGUUUUGAUGGGGCCGAUCUGUCGAGAUUGGUCGUGCGUUCCCUCCGAGUCACUGUCGCUCGACGAUGAAGACGAGUCGGAAGAUGAAGAAGAAGAGUCGUAG